AGCGGUCGUCUCUGCGCAUGCGCCGUAGUACUGUUUAGAUUGAAUCAAAAUGGCGGCCGCGGUGUCCAUGAUGUCGGGCUUUGGACCGAACAUUUCUUCUCAAAACGAGCUGGUUCCGGACUGGACCCGCACGGAAGUCAGCACCGGGACGACCAUCAUGGCCGUGGAGUACGACGGAGGAGUCGUGAUCGGAGCCGACUCCAGGACCACCACAGGAGCGUACAUCGCCAACAGAGUGACAGACAAACUGACCCCCAUCCACGACCGGAUCUUCUGCUGCAGGUCCGGUUCUGCUGCAGACACCCAGGCCAUCGCCGACGUCGUGUCCUAUCAGCUCGGCUUCCACAGUAUCGAGCUGGACGAGCGCCCCCUGGUGGAGACGGCCGCUCACCUGUUCAAGGCGAGCUGCUACAGGUACAGAGAAGAACUGACCGCAGGAAUCCUGGUGGCCGGAUGGGACAGACGCCGAGGGGGACAGGUGUACUGCGUGCCGAUCGGGGGGAUGUUGGUGAGGCAGCCGGUGGCGGUCGGGGGCAGUGGGAGCACCUACAUCUACGGCUUCAUGGAUUCGAACUACAAACCCAACAUGACCAAAGAGCAGUGUAUGGAGCUGACCGCCGCAGCUCUGACUCUGGCGAUGGAGCGUGAUGGUUCCAGUGGGGGUGUGGUGCGUCUGGCGUCCAUCUCAGAGGAGGGAGUGGAGCGUCGAGUCAUCCUGGGGAACCAACUGCCCAAGAUCUCCACACACUGAACACCUCCCAACAUCUCCAAAACAUCUGAGGGUCUCUGAGGGUCUGUGAGGGUCUCUGAGGGUCUCUGAGCGUCUCUCGGGGCUUUAGUUCAGUUUGUACCUUUUGUUGUUGUUGUUGAAUAAAUUGCUCUUCUUUGUCA